AUGGUUGUUCACAGUAGAAGUACCAUUGUUCCAUUUCCUCUUGUCCUCUCUCUCCUUCUCAUAUCUUCCACUCUCACACUCUCUGCCUCCAUCUCACAACGCUGCAACCGUAGUGAUAAGAUUGCUCUCUUGAAAAUCAAGAAAUCCUUCAACAAUCCCCAAGACCUUGCCUCUUGGAAUCCCACCACAGACUGCUGUGAAAGCUGGACCUACGUCACCUGCGAUUCCCAAACCAACCGUGUCACCCAACUCUCCAUCGCACAAGCUAACAUCUCCGGGGAAAUUUCGGCAGCCAUUGGCGACCUUCCCUACCUUCGCAUCUUGACAUUCGAUCUGAUCAGCAACCUCCAUGGCUCUAUCCCAUCCUCCAUUGUCAACCUUCACAACCUCAUAUCGCUUAUCAUUAGCCAGACCAAUCUCUCCGGCCCCAUCCCUGGAUUCCACAGCCGCCUCAAAAACCUCGACUACCUUGACUUGUCCUACAACCAGCUAUCGGGUUCAAUCCCGGCUUCUCUCGCUGAUCUACCCCACCUGGGAGGUUUAACACUCUCGCAUAACCAACUCACUGGAAGCAUACCAGACUCAUUUGGAAGAUUCAGCGGCUACUUCCAUUCUUUGGACCUUUCUGACAACUACCUCUCCGGCGAGAUUCCUAAGUCUUUUGCCCAGUUGAACCUCAAGUCCGUUUACCUUUCUCAUAACAAGCUCGUCGGCGACCCAUCGGUGCUAUUCAAAGAAAACAAAAUCACGGAAAAUAUGGAUUUGUCCUGGAAUUUGCUUGACUUUGAUCUGUCGCAGGUAAUGUUUCCAAGGACCCUGACAUACUUGGAUCUGUCGCACAACAGGAUUCGAGGGAGCAUCCCAAGACAGGUUACGAAACUGGAUUUGACAGACCUGGAUUUGAGUUACAAUCGACUGUGUGGGAAGAUUCCGAUCGGUGGGAACGUGCAGAGGGUCGGUGUGUUUAACAAUAAUGCAUGUUUGUGUGGUCCGCCUCUUCCCAAAUGCAAGUAG